AUGGCUAAGGUUUUGAAGGAGACUGAAACCAGUCUAGAGAACACUGCACCCAGCGAAGAACAGCAAGACAAUGCCAGCAUGAAGCGGUACUUCAGAAAUAAAAACCUUGUUCUGGAUUUCCUGUACUCUGAACUGACCCUCAGCCACCUCCAGUACCACCGGAACAAAGUUCACCUUCUGAAGAAGUGUUACUUUUACUUGAAGAUUGAGCCCAGAUUCAUACACAUGAGAGACCAGAACGGUGUGAUAAUUUGCACUGACAUCUUGCAAAUCGCAAACCCCUGCCAACUUCAGAGGAUAAAGAAGGUGGCAAAAAACCAAACUGAAAUCCAGCUGGCACUUUUAACUGAGCUGUUGGAACAGCUGGAACAAGGUCGGGAGGAGCUGAGCCAUUAUGUAGAGACCUACGACAUGGCAACUUUUCUCUCCCAGUGGGACAUGACAAGAAAGAGAGUGCUCAAGUUCUCCAAGCUUUUAGAUAAACUCACUGCCUUGGAAGAGCCAGGAAAGCUCUAUGUCAAGCACGUUUUGCUGUCACAGAUACAUCUCAGAGGUGCUCUAAACCCUGACAUUAGUCUUUCUCUCUAUGCAAAGAAGCCACCAAUUUUUGAUCGGUCAGAAUCAUUUGCAUACAAGAACUGGGCCCAGCUCAAGUGGAUUACUGAUAAUCAAGAGUCACACCUCGAACAAUGGCAGGUGGAGGUUAAGUUAGUGACAGAUGACAGUCAGGAAGAACCAGGAUACGGCCAGAUUCAGGAAGUGAUCUGCAACCCAUGUGUAAUCAAUCACCUGCAGCCUGGCAGAUCAUACGAAUUCAAAGUUAAAAGAUGCGACACUAACACACUCGUCUACACACAGUGGCAUGACAGCAUUAUAUUGAAGACAAAAACCUAA